AUGAUUCACAACAAGGCCGGAAGGGCUAAGGAUACCUCUACGAACAAUGAUACGCCUAAUCAGCCAGGAAAUUCCACCUUGCCAAAGCAAAAGUCUCGCGAUUCCACACCACCCUCGAGUCGUCAAUCGAAGCGCCGACGAGCGUCAGAAUCCGAGAACUAUGACAUGAGUAAAAAAGAAAAGGAAGAAGGGAAAGAAAGUAUAAAACAUGAUCAGCCUGGUGAAGCACUUGCACAGGCUAGUGAAAGUGCAUUGCUUGGCGAAGAGAUUAAUGCAAAACAAGAAGCGCCAAUUCGUGAAAAGCCAGCUGUGAUUGAGGAAAGAUCAGGGCUUAUUCAAUUUCGGGUUGUAACGAAUGAUAACAAACCCGACUCUUUGGUGAUUUUAACUGGACUAAAGCAUAUAUUCAUGAAGCAACUUCCGAAGAUGCCAAGAGAAUAUAUAACACGGCUGGUGAUGGAUCGACAUCACUGGAGUAUGGCCAUUGUAAAGCGCGGUCUACAAGUGGUCGGUGGAAUAACGUAUCGACCUUUUCCUCAUCGAGAAUUUGCCGAAAUUGUAUUUUGUGCGAUAUCGAGUACAGAACAAGUUAAAGGUUAUGGAUCACAUUUGAUGAAUCAUGUCAAGGAUCAUAUCAAAGAUGUGUCACCCAUCAAGCACUUUUUGACGUACGCAGACAAUUAUGCCAUCGGUUACUUCAAAAAGCAAGGCUUCAGCAAAGAAAUCUCUUUACCUCAAUCUGUGUGGGUCGGCUAUAUUAAAGACUAUGAGGGCGGUACGUUAAUGCAAUGCACAAUGGUCCCACGCAUUCGUUAUUUAGAAGUGCAGAGCUUCCUUGCAACUCAAAAACGCUUGAUUCAAGCGCGUAUUAAUUCUUUUUCCCGAUCACACGUCGUAUACCCUGGCUUAGACGUGUUCAAAAACCACAAAGAUGAAAAGCGCGACAUUACAUCACAAGCAAGCAAAGUGGAAUUGAUUGUUCAGCCCAAUGAGGUUCCGGGCUUGAAAGAGACCGGAUGGACCCCAGAGAUGGACGAGCUUAUCAGCCGCUCAAAACGAGGACCGCAUUUUGCUGCAAUGCGACAUAUACUCGUGGAGCUAAAUGCGCACGCGAGUGCUUGGCCAUUUGUUGCCCCAGUCAAUGCCAAUGAUGUGCCUGAUUACUAUACGGUCAUUACGAAUCCUAUGGACCUUUCGACGAUGGAAAGGAAGCUUGAAAAUAAUCAAUAUAACACUGUUGACGAUCUUGUACAAGAUGCUCAACUUGUCUUUGAUAACUGUAAACUAUACAAUCCUGCCUCCUCCCCGUAUGCGAAGUGCGCCGUCAAGUUGGAAAAAUUUCUCUAUGAGCGACUACCUCAAUGGAAACAGGCAGCGGGUCUAUCUGUAUAA